CAGCUCAUAAGUGCCCACGGCGAAAAAUUAAGCCGAAACGGGCGCUCAGCUGUUGAAUAUGGCAUCCAGAACAGGAGCAAUGCCGCGCGCUAUCUCGGCGCGUAGUGAGGCUGCGCAGCUCACGGCUCACCCUUGCCCACGCCUAAAAAUCAAUUGAGCCCGGAGCCCAUAUAUACCGGACCGCGAAGUAUCCGUGAAAACCAGGAUAAGUACGCAGAGGAUCGAAAACGCACACGAAAAUAUCAAGAUGAAACGCUACUCCAGGAGGAUUUGGCGGAAGAUCAAAGGCGGAGAAGAUGGUCAUCCUUCGUCCGCAACCCCCCGGGUGGUCCUUGAUCAACAAAACCUUGGGAAAUUCCCAGAUGCAACGCAGCAAAUAGCGGAGGUGAAAGGAACCGAUUUGUGGCAGAUCGCUUACGAGGAACUAUCUCCCGCCGACAAAGGCACGCUUGCAAGCAUACAGCAAGUUGGACAACCAUCCCUUCAGCGUAGCAAAACUUUGGAGGUAGUGGAUGACGUUAUCGAGGCGACAAAGAAGCAGUAUGAAGAGUAUCAGAAAGGAGGCCUGAAGAUAAGGAAGGGGCCGGAGAAGGAUGACAUCAAUCUCCGAGAUAUUGCACACAAGAUUUUGAAUGCCACUUUAUCUUUCCGAGGCAUUGCCAAUGUGCUCGUGGCGGGUGAUCAGACUGGUUCAGCCUCAAUUGCUUGGGGAAUCGUGUUGCUAGGACUGACAGUAACAUACAAUCACCACCAGAUACGGAAAGCCCAGUUUCAAUCAGCCGAGUUUUUAACCGAUGUUCUUACACGAUGUGCCUUUAUCGAAAAGGAGCACUAUCACGAUAGCCGCUACGCAACACAGGAUAAGGUUGAGGUUGCCAUCGUUCAGGUUUAUAAAGGUAUCUUACGCUAUACAGCACAAGUACACCGAAUGCAAAAAGCCAAGGUGGGUGAGAGGUUACUGGAAAGCCUUUUCCCGGUAACAAGCCACCCACUCAAAGAAAUUGAGACACAAAUCAGAAGCGACGAGGUAAGGCUGCGCCAAUGGGUCAGACACGAUGAGCAUUUACAGAGCCAAGCAAAAGCCGAAGAGUUGCUUGGGCGGAUAGAUGAAUUCAUAGUGUUGUUGAAGAAUUUGCACCGAAAAUUUGAUCUCUAUAACCUACCAGAUGCCGAAGGGGCUUCUUACGACUCAUAUCAAGAUCAACAUGAGGAAGAGUGCCUUGAUGGGACAAGGGAAGAGCUUCUUCAACAAGCCAGUGAUUGGGGAAGUUGCUCACAAGGAGAGUGUCUCUUCUGGUUGAACGGUAUGGCCGGCACAGGAAAGUCGACAAUCGCACGAUCGCUCGCCAGGAGCUUUGAAGAAAAGGGCCAACUUGGAGCGACCUACUUCUUCAAAAGGGGAGAAGGUGACCGCGGCCAUGCGAAGAGAUUUGUUUCGACAAUUACAAGACAACUUAUUGCGGCGAUCCCCGAUCUCGCAACUGGCGUCUCCAAAGCCAUCGAAGAUGAUCCAGAUAUCUCGAGACGUGGCUUCAGGAUACAGUUCGAAAAGCUGCUUCUUGAACCUUUGAGCGAGCUGGAUGAUAGUCAAAACAUGACCACAUACGUGAUCGUAGUCGACGCACUGGACGAAUGCGAGGAAGAGCAGGAUAUACGGCUUCUAUUGCAACUGUUUCCCCGUAUUCAAGAGUCAAAGUCUGUCCAGCUACGAGCCUUUAUAACCAGCCGCCCUGAACUACCAAUACAACUAGGCUUCCAACAGGACACAGUAAAGGAUAACCACCGGGAUCUUGUUCUUCAUCAGAUUCCCAUGCCUGUGAUAGAGCACGAUAUUGCUUUGUACCUGACACAUAAGCUGAGGAUUAUCCGGGAGACUCGGUCACUACCUCCGGACUGGCCUGGUGAUAACAUCCUUCGGCAAUUGGUCAAGAUGUCAGUACCUUUGUUCAUCUUUGCGGCCACCGUGUGCCGUGUGUUUGAAGACUACGAUCUGGAUCCUGAACAAAGUCUCACUGAAAUCCUCGAAUACCAAAAUGAAGAAUCGAAGUUGGAUGGAACAUACCUUCCAGUACUGCAAAGGCUUUCGACUCAUAGCGGCAAGCGGCACAAAAUGAUUGUCGAAGAAUUCCAGGAAGUGAUUGGCACAAUCAUAAUACUUGAGGCGCCACUUUCUGUCAGCUCCCUGUCUGAGAUCCUUGGUAUUCGGAGGAGCACUAUUAAUACUCGCUUGGGCCGACUCCAUGCGGUACUCAAUAUCCCAGGUGACGAGACGAAGCCUGUCGGACUCUUCCACUUGUCAUUUCGAGACUUUCUACUCGACCCAGAGACGCGUGAGAAGACUGAUUUCUGGGUAGACGGUAGGCUAACGCACCGAAAGCUCGCUGGCAAGUGUCUUGAGAUCAUGAGAAGCAGACUAAAAAGGAAUAUGUGCGAUCUCCCAUAUGAAGGUUUUGAGCGAACUGAAAUCAACACAGACACCUUUGGGAAACCCGUGAGAGGUUUCAUACCAUCGGAACUAGAAUAUUGCUGCCGAUACUGGAUACGCCAUAUAGCACAGUGCAAGGACCCAGUGGAGCUAGCGGAUGAAAUCCACGCUUUCUUCCGAGAACAUUUCCUUCACUGGGCCGAAGUCAUGUGUCUUUUAGGUUAUGCAUCCGAGAUUGUUGGAAAUAUCGAGACCCUUCAGUCGAUGAUAAAGAAACAGGAAGAGUCCGAAGCAUCCAGAUUCUUAUAUGACGCAAAACGGUUCAUGCUGAAGUGUCGACGUAUAUCUGAUGUUGCGCCACUUCAAGUGUAUUGCUCAGGGUUGAUAUUCGCCCCGGCCAAGUCACUCAUUGGAAGAGGGAGUGAAAUACCCAGAUGGACUAAGAGGUUGCCAGAGGCUGAUGAAUAUUGGAGUGCGGAUUUGGAAAGCAUUGAUGGCCAUAAUGGCAUGGCGGUUCGAUCGGUGGCCUUUUCACCAGACGGACGAUGGCUGGCUUCAGGCUCCGAUGACAAAACCAUCAAGAUUUGGGAUGUGGCGACCAGUACGCUGCACCAGAGCCUUGAGGGUCAUGACGACUCGGUGGUAUCAACAGCCUUCUCACCAGAUGGACGCUCACUGGUAUCAGGGUCUCACGACAAUACUAUCAGGCUCUGGGACCUGGCGACCGGUUCAUGCCAGACCCUGGGAAGCCACGAGGACAGGGUUUGGUCCGUAGCCUUCUCAGCUAAUGGCCUGCUGAUAGCAUCUGGCUCCGACGACCAUUCGGUCAAAAUUUGGGACCUGGUGAGCAGCUCACAUCAGACACUGAAAAGCCACUUCAGUCGUAUUUGGUCUGUGGCGUUCUCGGCCGACGGGGAAUGGCUAGCGUCUGGCUCCGAUGACAAGAGCAUUAAACUUUGGGAUCCCAUAUCAGGUGAGCUGAAACAUACACUUGAGAAAGCUAGUUGGUUUGUCGAGGCAGUAGCCUUCUUCCCGGAUGGGCACUUGGCGUCUGGAGCGGGUGCUGUUCAGAUCUGGGACCUGGAGACGAGUACCGUGCGACAGACGCUCGGGAACGUGACAGAUAGAGUUUGGGCAGUGGCCGUCUCCUCCAAUGGACGAUUUUUGGCAUCCAGCCAGCUCCACGAUAGAACGAUCAGGAUAUGGGAUUUGACCACUGGCAUGGUGCAGCAGACAUUAGUCGGCCAACCUUUUAGUGCUCAAAGUGUUGCAUUCUCUCCUGAUGGGCGACUGCUGGCAUCUUGCUCUGCGGGCAACAUCAUCAAGCUCUGGGACUUGGAUAUCAAAUCUGAAGAGUCGGAAAUUGAGGGAACACCACCAAGAACUGAAAACUACUCCACACUGGCCUUUUCGACAGACGGACAAUGGCUCGUAUGUGGUGUUUUUGACGGUAUCAUCGAGAUCUGGGACUUGGGUCUGGCGCUCCAAGGUGACCCCGCGACCAGCGCCCUGCGGUUGAUCCUCGAGGAGCAUAGCCGUGGUAUAUCAACUCUGGCAUUCUCUGCGAAUGGCAAAUGGCUGGCAUCGGGAUCGUAUGAUAAAACCAUCAAGAUCUGGGAUUGCAGCACCUUCCGCAGCGGUACAGCGAGUGAUGCUCUGCAUCGAGCACUCGAGGGACAUGAUGGCAGUGUUCUGAGAGUAUUGUUCUCCCCAGAUGGACAGAGGCUUGCAUCCAUCGCUGAAGACAAGACCAUCAAACUCUGGGAUUCUGUUACUGGUGCUCUUCAACAUGUUAUGCAGGGUCACCAGUACAUGGCUAGGUUUCUGGCUUUCUCACCCGAUGGACAGUGGCUUGCAUCUGCUGACAAUGUGAUCAACGUCUGGGACACGAACACUGGUGCUCUGCUGCAUCGGAUUGAAAUACCUGGAUUCUUAGGGGAGCUCUCAUUCACCAAAGACGGGCUUCAUCUGGACACGACUUUCGGGCUUUACAGUAUUCCGACAGCCGAUCCCACAAUUCCUGCUGACAUUCUACCGAAACCGGAGCUUUGUCUUGUGAAGCAGCAAUGGAUCACUGUGAAUGGGAAGAAAGUUCUCUGGAUACCACCCGACUACCGCGGGCAUGUGGCCGUUCGUGAUAGACUGGUCGCUCUAGGAACUAAGCCUUUAGGGCGGCGACCGAGGUCACUUGCGCUGUUCGAGUUUUGAUGAUAAAAUU